UUCUUACUAGAAAAUGCCCUUCAACUACACUAAUGUGAUUCCAUAAUUGAUUGUUUUUCUCUAUAGAUGAUUUUUAAGAAAGGUGUACGAAGUCAGAACAGUUCUAGGACAUGAUUCAUUUCCAGUAAGAAAUCAAAACGGCAAAAUAUGGGUCAUAAUUUUCUCAGUGAUGCGAAGACCAUGCUUUUGUUGUUGUACUUUUCCAUUGCCAACCUUCUUAAUCUUGCUUAUGCUGAUCCACCCUACAGUUUUUGCUCAAGCACAUCUCCAUAUGCAGCUAACAGUCCAUUUCAAAACAAUCUCAAGUCCCUCAUGUCUUAUCUUGCCUCAAAUGCUUCUGUGUCGAAUCAAUAUCAUGCCUAUGCUGGAAAUGACCCUGAUAGAGUCUAUGCUCAUUAUAUGUGCUACAACUACAUAACAUUUGAAAAGUGCAGUGCCUGCAUUGAUGCAGCAUCACAAGAUAUCAUGCAACUCUGUCCAAACAUAAGAGAUGCAGCUGUAUGGGAGGAGCUGUGCCAGUUGCGCUUCUCGAAUCAAAAUUUCUUAGGCCUGCUUGAUUUCUCAGGAAACAUUCCUUUAUCAAAUAGAAAGACGAUUAAAAAUCCGGAACAGUUAGUAUCAGCAGUGAACGAAAAUUUCAGUAACCUUACCAAGAAGGCUGCUUUUGUUCCUGCGCGGAACAUGUAUGCUACGCGAAAAUUAACCUUAUCGGAUAUAGACACCCUUUAUGCUCUGGGGCAGUGCAGUACAGAUUUGUCAUCUCACGAUUGUAACACUUGCCUUCAGGUUGCCAUACAAAAUAUUUCAACUUGCUGCUAUAUCAGUCGAGGGGCACGGCUUCUUAGCCGGAGUUGCUAUUUUAGGUAUGAGUUAUACCCAUUCUAUGAAGGCACAGCUGAUUCGGGUAAGCAUGUAUAUUUUCAAUAUAUUACAAACAAAUCAUACAAAAUUUUUGUUCUUGCAUUUCUCACUGCAUCGUGUAUCAUCUACUUUCGGCGAAUAAGUCACCAUGCUUUCUUACAGGAACUGAGAAAAUCUAGCGAAUCGACUUUCGCAGAAGGUAAUAAGGUGAGUUCUGAGGAAUUACCUUGGAUGAUGGACCUGAGUGUUAUAAGAGCUGCGACAGAUAACUUCUCUGUUUCAAACAAGCUUGGACAGGGUGGAUUUGGCUCUGUUUACAAGGGGAUUCUAAGCGAUGGAAGCGAAGUUGCAGUGAAGAGAUUAUCAAGAAGUUCGGAGCAGGGCGAAAAGGAAUUCAAAAAUGAAGUUCUAUUAAUAAUGAAACUUCAGCACAAAAAUCUUAUCAGGCUGCUUGGUUUUUGUGUUGAAGGAGAGGAAAAGCUCCUCGUCUAUGAAUUCAUGCCUAACAGCAGCCUUGAUGUUUUUCUUUUUGAUCCUACAAAACGAGCGAAACUUGAUUGGAGCAGUAGAAUUGAUAUUAUAAAUGGAAUUGCAAAGGGAAUGCUUUAUCUUCACGAGGAUUCUAGGCUUAGAAUCAUUCAUCGAGACCUAAAAGCUUCUAAUGUAUUGUUAGACAAUGAGAUGAAUCCGAAGAUUUCUGACUUCGGAAUGGCAAGGAUUUUUUCAAGCAAUGAAGACGAAGCCAAGACUGCUCGAAUAGUAGGAACAUAUGGAUACAUGGCACCAGAAUAUGCAAUGAAAGGAUUAUAUUCAACCAAAUCUGAUGUUUUUAGUUUUGGAGUUCUCUUGCUUGAGAUCAUAAGCGGGAGAAAGAAAGCUGUAUACCACCAAUUAAAAUGUGCUCCUAGCCUCCUUGCAUACGCUUGGCAAUUAUGGAACGAAGGAAAUAAAGCAGAGUUGAUUGAUCCAAUGCUGUCUGAUUCAUGCAAUGCAGACGAAUUCUCACGUUACAUGCACAUUGGUUUAUUAUGUGUUCAAGAAGAUGCUAGCGACAGACCUACAAUGUCAUCUGUUGUCUUAAUGCUGAAAAGCCAAAAUUCAUUUCUUCCCCAACCUGAGCGGCCGGCUUUUGUGGGAAGAUUCAUGGACAACCUGGAGGCAACUGCUAGCAAUUUCUCUGUCAAUGAAAUGACACUUUCUGAUGUUGGUCCACGCUGAUGAAAAAGUGUAGUAGCUCAGUUUAUUGGUUGGUACAGCGAAUCUCCCUAGUUCCACUUGGUGGUGGAUCCUCCACUUUUUUCUAUCAUAAAAAAAUUACGAGAGGAGCUUAAGGAUCCUCUUCUUUGCAGACUCUAUCCAAAUGUUUAAUUAUUUAACCUUUAAACAUACAAAGUGCAAUUUUCUUUGUUUUGGAGGAGGUUAAAUGUUUCUGUUUUUUUUUUCUUCUUCUUUUUUGAAGUAGGUUUGCCAAGUGUAGUAAUUGCUAUGUAAGUAUCUAUAUUGAAGUUGAAGUCUCGUUUUCUUU